AUGCGUCCCACCACUGCCAAGCUCGUGCUCAUAUGCGUCCUAGCUGCCGCCGACUUGCUGGCCUCCGAUGCACUUCAGCUCGGGCCAGCCGGCGGUUCCGCUGGCGCAAGCUGCAUACCACGAGAGCGGGAUGCCCUGCUAUCCUUCAAGCGCGGCAUCACCAGCGACCCCAUGGGCAUCCUUGAUUCUUGGCACAAGGAAGACUCCUGUCAGUGGAGAGGCGUGAAGUGCAGCAACCGGACCGACCGUGUCCUUAGGCUUCAUCUUCGUAAUGUGCUCCUUGAUGGGUUUUACGGAGACACGGCUUUGGUUGGCGAGAUAAGUAAUUCUUUGCUCUCCAUGGAUCGUCUAGUGCACCUUGAUCUUAGCAUGAAUUGCCUCGAGGGCCCAAGCGGCCACAUUCCGGAGUUCUUGGCCUCUUUGACGGGAUUGAGAUAUCUCAACCUCUCCGGCAUACCAUUUUUUGGCAGAGUGCCCCCUCAUCUCGGAAACCUCUCAAACUUGCGGCAUCUUGACCUCUCAUGCCAAUUUCAAAGUAUGUACUCAAGAGACAUUUCAUGGAUAGCGCGCAUACCUAAUUUGCAGUAUCUUAGACUGAAUUCGGUAAACCUCAGCACAAUAGCUGAUUGGCCUUAUGUUGUCAACAUGAUUCCUUCUUUGAAGGCCCUCGAUCUUGGGUUUUGCUAUCUUCCGACCGCAAAUCAUUCACUCCCACAUAUUAACCUCACCAAACUCGAGAGGCUUGAUCUCUCCGGCAACACCUUUGCCCACCUAAUGGCAAGGGGAUGGUUUUGGAAUUUGACAAGCCUCCAAGAUCUCUACCUUUCUGAAACUCAACUGUACGGUCAACCUCCUGAUGCACUGGCACAUAUGACGUCCCUCCGAGUCCUUGAUUUUUCAUCUAAUCAUAACAUGGGGACGAUGACUACAAGCUUCAGAAAACUAUGCAAUUUGAGAAUUCUGGACCUUUCCUUUUGUCAAAUUGUUGGAAAUAUAAAGGAUAUUGUUGGGAGGAUGCCCCAGUGUCCCUUGAACAAACUGCACGAGCUGUAUUUGGGCUCCAACAAUAUUACCAGAAUCAUGCCGGAUCAGAUACCACACUUGACCAGCUUAGUCAUUCUUGACAUCGCUCGGAACAACCUAAUUGGAGGCAUACCACGAGGGGUGGGGCUGCUCUCUAGAUUAAGAAGACUUGAUCUCUCUUCCAACAAUCUCAGUGGAUCUGUGCCAUCUGAGAUCGGUAUGCUCAGCAAUUUGACCAUGAUGGAUCUCACACUCAACAACUUGAACGGUGACUUCACUGAAGAACAUUUAACAAGUCUAACGAGGUUGAGAAGGUUGCAUUUAAGAUGGAAUUAUUUGAGGAUUACAGUUGGUCCCGAUUGGAUACCACCCUUCAGUUUAGAAGAAAUAACUCUUGGCUCUUGCCAACUGGGCCCUUUGUUUCCUGCAUGGCUUCAAUUCCAAGUGGACAUUCGAUUGAUGGAUAUAUCAUCCACAGGUAUAGUUGAUAGGAUUCCUCACUGGUUCAGCACUACAUUUGCAAAGGUCACAGAUCUGGACAUCUCCAACAAUGAAAUCAGCGGCAGGUUGCCAAUAAACAUGGAAUUCAUGUCACUGCAAUAUUUCUCAAUCAAUUCAAAUAACCUAACUGGUGAACUCCCUAACUUACCAACAAAUAUUACCUCCCUGGACAUGUCUAGAAACUCUUUAUCUGGAACUUUGCCAUCAAACAUUGGGACUCCACAUUUGAUUUCAUUAGCUCUGGUUUCCAAUCAAAUAACCGGUUCUAUUCCCGAAUCUCUCUGCAAAGCGGAAUUCUUGGAAUCAUUGGACUUAAGGAACAAUCUUCUCGAGGGACAACUUCCUUGGUGUUUUGGGGUGAAGGACAUUUCCUUUCUCAUGUUGAGUAACAAUAGUUUCUCUGGCAACUUCCCACCGUUUGUAAAAGACUGUAGACGAUUGGAGGCUCUAGAUCUAUCACGUAAUAGUUUUUCUGGAAGGUUGCCAUUGUGGAUUGGAGAUUUGGUUGAAUUACGAUUUUUGCGUCUAAAUCAGAAUAUGUUUUCCGGAGAAAUCCCAGCUACCAUCUCAAAUCUUAGUCACCUUCACCACCUGAACCUAGCAGGCAAUGGCUUAUCAGGUCCCAUAACGUGGCAUCUGUCAAAUGUGACGGGCAUGACAGGAAAAUAUGUAAAGGAUUAUAUGUUCGACUCAAUACCUUAUGGCAGUUACUCGCAUAAGUUGCGUACAUAUAGUUUUUCCUCUGUGGUCGUCAAGGGACGUGAACUUGAUUAUGAUAUUCACAUUAUGGAUUUGGUGAGCAUUGAUUUAUCUUUCAACCAAUUAACUGGGAGAAUACCAGAAGAAAUAGUAGCUCUUGAUGCGUUGAUAAUCUUGAAUCUAUCGUGGAACCAAUUGAGUGGGAAAAUACCAAAUAAGCUUGGGGCCUUGCAUGCUCUGGAAUCACUUGACCUCUCAAGGAACAUGCUUUCUGGCAGAAUCCCUCCGAGCCUGUCAGAUAUAACCUAUUUGAGCUACUUGAACUUGUCUGAUAACAAUCUAACAGGGAGAAUACCAUCAGGACAUCAGCUCGACACCCUCUACACACAGCAACCUUCCAUGUACAGUGGCAACAGUGGUCUAUGUGGGCCUCCUCUUCCGAACAGUUGCCCCGGAAAGAAUGUUACAAGGCAAGAUGAUCAAAAAAGGAAUGAACAUUCCUUUGAACCAAUGACCUUUUAUUUUGGACUCGCUCUGGGAUUUGUUUUGGGUCUCUGGGUGGUGUUUUGUGUCUUGUUGUUUAAGAGAGAAUGGAGGACUGCUUAUUUCUGCAUGGUUGACAAGACAUAUGAUCAGAUGUAUGUGUUUGCCGUUCUUACAUGGAAAAGCUGGACAAGAAAGAGGACUACAAAUUGA